GCAAGCUGGGGAACAAAAGGACAUGUAAUAAAGAUAGCUUGGACUUCAGAGAUGAUUUGGUCGCUGAUAUUGUCCUAGUUAGAUUGAAAAAAACUCGCUGAGAAGCCAUCAGGACCCGGGGCCUUGUCAGGAUGAAUAGAGAAACAAGGAGUUGGCAUUAGUAUGAGUUUGUCAUUCAUAUCUUGGGAGAUACUUGGUUUUAGGGUUGUAUUGACAAUUGAUUUUUUUCUCCAGGAAUUGAGGGUGUUGAUGUUCCAGUGUUUGCCAUAGCUGGAAAGUGGGAAUGUUCACAACGUCUAAAAAGCCUCCAGUAGCUUUAAGUAGCACUGUCGCGCCGAAAAGUUUCUUGCUUGUAAAGGAGACAAAGGCACAUUUAAAUUUUUGCCACUCUAUUGAGCCCAGUGUUGGUGGGGACAUCCAAAAAUUUGAUUGGCGUGAGCUUGGGGAAAGUUUUGGAACUGCCAAAUACAUUCCAAGGGAGCUGGAGAGCGUUCGUGUUGAGUCUCAAGUAGUUCAGUUUGUUACUGCUCCAACAACAGAGACCAAUGGUGACGUAGAUGAUGGCGCAGGAAAAUACUUUUCAAGUGAGGUGGAGGGCGUUCAUGUUGAGUUGGCAGUGGUUAAGUCUGUUAGUGCCCCAACAACAGAGACAAAUGGUGAAGCAGUUGAUGGUGCAGAGGAGUGGCUUGUUCGAGGAAUUAGGCGUGACGACAAAGCUCUGUGGACUGAACAUGCGUCUGAUGUUUGCAAUGAUUUAGAUAUGGCGGGAUUAUAAGUCUAGCUGAUGCAGGCACGCCAUCUUUGAGUACUCACAUUGAUGGAAGAUGCGAGGAAGAUUUCUUUGCCAACUACUCUGAGGAUGAGGUUGAUCAGAGGGAGCUAGAGGCUUUAGAAAGAGCUGAAGCGGAAAAGGCUCGUGUUAAAGGCAUUAGUCUCCGGUACUGCCUAGUCCCACGGCUUCUUAUCCAACGAAUCUGAUCUUCAAUGAGGUUUGCAAUCUCAAGUGCUUCAGUGAAACUUGAUACCUUAUUGAGAAAGUUAUCUAGUACCAAAAAGCCUUGAUCCAUAGAACCGCAACAUAGGAGGAAGAUUGCAAAAGCAAACUGAGCAUGGAAUUGGUUCCUUAACCUUAUUUUUAAAUGCUGGGAAAACAAACUUAUUUUGUAUGCCUUUUGGAACUUGAAUUUGGUAGUGUUUAGAUUGACUUGUUUGUUUUCAAAACAAUUUAUUACUUUUGGAUGAUAAGCAACAUUUUUAUUAGGAA